AUCGUAAAGCUGCUCUGGGGCUGCUCACCUGCUCCCGCCUCCUGCAGCUCCUGCCCGGCCCCGUCACCUCUGCCCCCUCCACUGCCCGCCCCCGCCCGAGCCCGUGCUGGGCCAGGAGAGGUCCGAGAGGCCGAGAGAGGAUGCGGCCAGCGGCAGCUGUCCUGAGCCACGCACGGUGAUCGCCUCCUCCAGGGGAGGAGGCGCCUAGACCGUUGCCGCAUUUCUUGUUUUCCUCCCCCCCCCCACCUCCCCGUAAUUACAUUGGCUGCUGGAAGGGACCUGGAGACACAGAGGAGGCGCCUCGCGUCCCCCUCACCCGCCACCCGUGCUCUUUCCUGUCCCGGGCCAGGAUGACUGGAGUGUUUGACAGUCUGGUGGCUGAUAUGCACUCGACCCAGAUCACCGCCUCGAGCACUUACCACCAGCACCAGCAGCCCCCGAGCGGCGCCGGCGCCGGUCCGGGCGGCAGCAGCAGCAGCAGCAGCCUCCACAAGCCCCAGGAGUCGCCAACCCUUCCGGUGUCCACAGCCACCGACAGCAGCUACUACACCAACCAGCAGCACCCGGCGGGCGGCGGCGGCGGGGGGGCCUCGCCCUACGCGCACAUGGGCUCCUAUCAGUACCACGCCAGCGGCCUCAACAACGUCCCCUACUCAGCCAAAAGCAGCUACGAUCUGGGCUACACCGCCGCCUACACCUCCUACGCACCCUACGGGACCAGCUCGUCUCCAGUCAACAACGAGCCGGAUAAGGAAGACCUCGAGCCUGAAAUCCGAAUAGUGAACGGAAAGCCAAAGAAAGUCCGGAAACCCCGCACCAUCUACUCCAGCUUCCAGCUGGCGGCUCUUCAGCGGCGUUUCCAAAAGACUCAGUACCUGGCACUGCCGGAGCGAGCCGAGCUGGCGGCGUCUCUGGGCCUCACCCAGACUCAGGUCAAAAUCUGGUUCCAGAACCGCAGAUCCAAGUUCAAAAAGAUGUGGAAAAGCGGCGAGAUCCCCACCGAGCAGCACCCCGGGGCCAGCACUUCGCCACCUUGUGCCUCACCGCCAGUCUCCGCGCCAGCCUCCUGGGACUUCGGCGCCCCACAGCGGAUGGGGGGCGGCGGCCCGGGCAGCGGGGGCAGCGGCGCGGGCAGCUCUGGCUCCAGCCCGAGCAGCGCGGCCUCGGCUUUUCUGGGAAACUACCCAUGGUAUCACCAGGCUUCCGGCUCCGCCUCACACCUGCAGGCCACAGCGCCGCUCCUGCACCCGUCGCAGACACCGCAGGCACACCACCAUCACCAUCAUCACCACCACGGAGGCGGGGGCGCCCCGGUGAGCGCCGGGACGAUUUUCUAACCCGUAAGAGACGGUGUCAGAGACUGAGAACUGAGACCAGUGAUGCUCCGCACCGGCUCCCAUAGCCCGAGGGUCCCUCCUAGCCCGCGACCACCACUCAGCCCCGGGUCCCACUUCGCGCGCUUUCACGGAGCAACCGGGAACAAGGAGGCCUUGUGGGAUCCUCCAGAGCCAAAUGGACAACUGCACCGGGAAGCCCGCCCUGAGCCGGGAUCUCUCCUUAGGCCUUCCUCGGACCCCUUCCCUGCGGGUUCAGGACGGCUGUCCGGCGCCGAGUUCGCCCUGGGCCCCGAGAGCCGGGUCGCGAAGAGGGACACCUACCCCGCCCGCGAGGCUUCCCGGCAUUCCGAGGCUCCUCUCUCCUCGCCUGCCCCGGGGCUCCGCUCCAGUCGGCUUCGGUUAUUGACCUCCCUGGGUCCUGGCCGCGCACCCUCCCCCACGUGCCCCUGUGACCCGUUUUUUUGUUUUUUUUUUUUUUGUUUUUUUUUUCUUCCCUGCCCGGGGGUUCCCAGCCCUCGCAACCGGGAUCGCUCCCCACCUUCGCGCCACCCGCCCCCCAGGAACGCUCCCUUAGCCCUCUCCUCAUCCAUCACAAGUGGAGUUUUUUUAUUUUAUAAAAGUUUAGGUGCCUUUGCGGAUGACCUCAUUUUGAUGUUGAAAAUAAAAACUGAUUUUUUAAAUAUGUGGACACUGCAAAAAAUGUGUUUAAAUUAUCUUUUUUAAAAUGUAUUCAGGAUUAUUAGUCCGAACUUCGACACAGAGUUUGUAAAUAAAGGUCUGUGCUGAUUUCCCCACAUUUAUUUGUAUAAAAAUCCUCAUCUUUUAAGACUUUUGUAAACCUCCAGUUGUGAAAACUGGGGUUCUGCAGUGACCUCGGCAACACCUUCGUUUUA